AAUGGGAGAGCAGGGUGCGUGGAUAGAUGAGGUCACAAGCUGUCGUGCGGGGAAUGGAAUGUGUUAGACUAGUGGAGAGCGAGCAGCCUAGAACCCCGCCGACUCCUAGAACCCCGCGGAGCCGAUCGUUCCGAGCUGAGCGCUCCCAUCCAUAGCCGGACCCCGCCGCGGAGCCGCCCGGGAGAUGCAGAGACAUGCAGGGAUUCGUCAGGUUACCGGGCUGUGGUGAGGCGCGAUCCGGCUUGUGGCAGCUCUGAGCCCGCGGCACGCUGGAUGCGGAGCCCCCGGUAAAGUUGAUGAAGUGCCCCCGCUCCCUCAUUGUCCAUGAAGCAUCCGGUGUCUGCCCGGAGUUGAUCGGGAUCCUGUCGCCGCCGCCGCCGCCGCCGCUGCUGCUGCAGUCAUCGAGAACAAAGCGCGUCGGCUCCCAGAUUCCGUCUGCAGAUCUGUGUCGGGUCGACGAGCAUGACAGACCGAAGGGGAGAAGAAAGUUAAAUCAAUCGCCCACAUGCGCUGGAUCAGCCCGAGGAUUGGGGAAAGGAACCAGCAGAAGGUGGGAGAAGAGAGUUUGACAUCUUUCCACUUAGGAAGAUGGCGGAGUGGAGCUGAGAGUGUGGACUGGACGGAAAGUUUGGGGGCGAUUGUCUUUAUCUCCGACCACCAGCCUGAGCCAGAUCGGACACAUGCAGGCCAAAAAACGCUACUUCACCCUGGUCUCUGCCGGCACUUGUCUUGUCCUGCUCUUCUAUCUUGGGGGGUUGCAGUUUAGGCCAUCCAGGACUAGGGAUGACCAUGGGGAUCAAGACCUGCACAGGGGUGUGGAGCACCCAUGGCCUCGCUUCCCUGACCCCCUGCUCCCCUUCAUCCAAUGGGAUCAGGCGGAGAGCGAGGACUUUAACAGUCAGGGUUCCCCCAGGCAGAAGAGGGACGCCAACUCCAGUGUCUACAAGGGCAAGAAGUGCCGCAUGGAGUCCUGCUUCGACUUCUCCUUGUGCAAACGCAACGGCUUCAAGGUCUACACAUACCCUCAGCAGAAAGGGGACAAGAUCUCCGAAAGUUACCAAAACAUCUUAUCGGCCAUCGAGGGCUCUAGAUACUACACCUCGGACCCCGGCCAGGCUUGCCUGUUCGUUCUGAGCCUGGACACUCUAGACCGGGACCAGUUGUCCCCUCAGUACGUGCACAACCUGAAGUCCAAGGUCCAGAACUUACACCUGUGGAACAAUGGUAGAAAUCAUUUAAUUUUUAAUUUAUACUCCGGGACCUGGCCCGACUACACCGAGGACGUGGGCUUCGAUAUCGGCCAGGCCAUGUUGGCCAAGGCCAGCAUCAGCACGGACAACUUCAAGCCCAACUUUGACGUCUCCAUCCCGUUAUUUUCUAAGGAUCAUCCAAGGACAGGGGGGGAGAAGGGGUUUCUGAGAUUUAACACUAUCCCUCCUAUUAGGAAGUACAUGUUGGUGUUCAAAGGGAAGAGAUACCUGACGGGGAUCGGGUCAGACACCAGGAAUGCCUUAUAUCAUGUCCAUAAUGGGGAGGACGUGGUCCUCCUGACCACCUGUAAACAUGGGAAAGACUGGCAGAAGCACAAGGACAACCGUUGUGAUAAAGACAACUUCGAAUAUGAGAAGUAUGAUUAUCGUGAAAUGCUGCACAAUGCCACUUUCUGUCUCGUCCCCCGUGGCCGCAGACUUGGAUCCUUUAGAUUUCUGGAGGCUCUCCAGGCUGCAUGUGUUCCAGUGAUGCUGAGUAACGGGUGGGAAUUGCCAUUCUCUGAAGUCAUCGAUUGGAACCAAGCUGCAGUUAUCGGGGAUGAGAGAUUGUUAUUACAGAUUCCUUCUACAAUCAGGUCUAUCCAUCAGGAUAGGAUCCUCGCACUUAGACAGCAGACGCAGUUUUUGUGGGAAGCUUAUUUUUCCUCAGUGGAGAAGAUUGUAUUGACUACACUAGAGAUCAUUCAGGACAGAAUUUUCAAGCACAUAUCACGCAACAGUUUAAUAUGGAACAAGCAUCCUGGAGGACUCUUUGUGCUGCCCCAGUACUCAUCAUAUCUGGGCGAUUUUCCCUACUACUACGCUAAUCUAGGUGUAAAAUCGCCAACCAAGUUUACCGCAGUCAUCCAUGCUGUGACACCGCUGGUCUCCCAAUCCCAGCCAAUCCUGAAGCUGCUGGUCGCUGUAGCAAAGUCUCAGUACUGUCAUCAGAUCAUAGUCUUGUGGAAUUGUGACAAGCCGCUCCCUGCCAAACACCGCUGGCCUGCCACUGCCGUGCCUGUCAUAGUUAUUGAAGGGGAGAGCAAGGUCAUGAGCAGUCGUUUCCUUCCUUACGAUAACAUAGCGACUGAUGCCGUACUCAGCCUCGAUGAGGAUACGGUGCUUUCCACGACGGAGGUGGAUUUUGCCUUUACGGUUUGGCAGAGCUUUCCAGAAAGGAUUGUGGGUUACCCAGCCCGUAGUCACUUUUGGGACAGCGCAAAGGAGCGAUGGGGUUACACAUCCAAGUGGACUAAUGACUACUCCAUGGUACUAACCGGAGCUGCUAUCUACCACAAAUACUAUCACUACCUGUACACCAAUUACUUGCCUGCCAGUCUGAAAAACAUGGUGGACCAAUUAGCCAAUUGUGAAGAUAUCCUAAUAAACUUUCUGGUGUCGGCCGUAACAAAGUUGCCGCCAAUCAAAGUGACGCAGAAAAAGCAGUAUAAGGAGACUAUGAUGGGACAGACCUCCAGAGCUUCUCGCUGGGCAGACCCCGACCACUUUGCUCAGAGACAGACUUGUAUGAAUACGUUUGCCAGCUGGUUUGGCUAUAUGCCGCUCAUUCACUCACAGAUGAGACUCGACCCCGUUCUCUUCAAGGAUCAGGUCUCAAUCCUACGAAAGAAAUAUCGGGACAUUGAACGACUUUGAGACAUAAACUGCCACCGGAAUGAGCCUUCUUGCCCCAGUGCGUCUCCAUCCACACAUGGACUACUGCUUAUGAACGGUUUUAUUGUGCCGCUUCCACACACGGAAUACACAAAGCGUUUUGGAAACCAGGACUUUGGGCGUCUGGACUCCAUUGCACUGGACUGCUUUACAACACCCACCAAGCUUUGUCGUCUCAGAACUAGGCUGUGUACAGUUUAAUUAUGGAACAUUAAAUAAUUAUUUUUGAAAUGAUUGCUAUGCAGGUUUAAACUUUUUUAAUGAACAAAAACUAUUAAAAUCAGAUCUUUCUUUAA